GGCUCAGAGACUCCGGGUCUGCGUCCGUCCUUGAGACAUGACAGCCCGAGGGUUUCCCACUGUCUGCUCUCAGGACUCUCAGAGGUUUAAGUGCGUCCAUCUGACAUGAUGUUGGGCGUUUUUGUCAGAACCGUGCUGCGGCCAGGCUUGGUGAAGCCAUGUGGCCUGGCCAGACCAGUAACACAGAUCCCAGAGAGGUCCCUGGUUCAUCAGGAGGGUUUACCUAAGCUGCCUGUACCGCCCUUGAAGCAGACAUGUGAGCGCUACCUGGCCAUGCUGGAGCCCAUCGUCAGCAAGGAGGAGUUGGAUCACACCCGCAAACUAGUUGAGGAGUUCCUCAAGGGCGGAGUGGGAGACAGGCUGCAGAAAGGCCUGGAGCGGCGGGCACGCAAAACAGACAACUGGCUGACAGAAUGGUGGAUGCAGUCAGCCUAUCUGGACUGCCGUAUGCCGGUGGCGGUGUAUACCAGCCCUGGGGUGGUUCUGCCCCGCAUGCACUUCCAUGAUCGUCAAGGACAGAUGAGGUUUGCUGCCAAACUAAUUGCCGGAGUUUUGGAUUUUAAAAAAAUGAUUGACAGUGAAACCUUGCCUGUAGAAUACCUGAGCGGGAAGCCGUUAUGCAUGGACCAGUAUUACCAGAUCCUGUCCUCCUGUCGUAUCCCUGGACCAAAGAGGGAUACGGUUGUAAAUCACGGCAUUGGAAAAGUAGCUCCCACUCACAUCACUGUGGUCCACAACUUCCAGUUCUUUAUCUUGGAUGUGUACAACAGCGAUGGCACCCCGCUGACUGUGGACCAGCUUUAUAUGCAGCUGGAGAAGAUCUGGAACUCCUCCCUGCAGACCAACAAGGAGCCUAUAGGUAUCCUGACUUCCCAGCACCGUAACACCUGGGGCAAGGCCUAUAACAACCUGAUUAAGGAUAAGACGAAUAAGGAGUCCGUCCGUGCCAUCCAGAAGAGCAUCUUCACAGUUUGCUUGGAUGCCCCGAUGCCGCGGGUGUCAGAUGAGCUGUACCAGAGCCGCGUGGCUGCCCAGAUGCUGCAUGGAGGAGGGGCUCGCUGGAACAGUGGCAACCGCUGGUUUGAUAAGACAUUACAGUUCAUCGUUGGUGAAGAUGGUACAUGCGGACUGGUGUAUGAACAUGCACCUGCUGAGGGCCCACCCAUUGUAUUCCUCAUCGAUUAUGUUGUUGAAUAUAUGAGGAGAACUGAAAUUGUGCGCUCCCCCAUGGUUCCCCUGGGCAUGCCUCAGAAACUGCGAUUUAACAUUACUCCCGAGGUUAAGAGGGACAUUGAGAAGGCCAAACAAAACAUGAACAUAAUGGUCCACGACUUGGAUGUCAAAGUACUUAUGUUUUCUCAUUUUGGAAAACACGUGCCAAAGCAACACAAGUUGAGUCCUGAUGCAUUUGUGCAAAUGGCUCUUCAGCUUGCCUACUUUAGGAUGUAUAAUAUUUGCUGCUCCACCUAUGAGAGUGCAUCUUUACGAAUGUUCAAAUAUGGUCGAACAGAUGCGAUCCGCACAACCACUGUGGAAUCAUUUAGCUUUGUCCAGGCCAUGGAAGACCCAGCCAAACAGAACACAGAGAAAGUGGCACUGCUGCAGGAGGCUGUUCAGACCCACAGGGAGAACACAUCCAGUGCCAUUCAUGGGCAAGCCAUAGACAGACAUCUCCUUGGGCUGAGACUGCAGAGUAUUGAAGACCUGACCUCCAUGCCUGAUAUAUUCAUGGACACUUCUUAUGCUGUGGCUCAGCAUUAUAAUCUCUCCACCAGCCAGGUUGGCUCCAAAACAGACUGUGUGAUGUGCUUUGGUCCCGCCGUGCCAGAUGGCUAUGGAGUGUGCUACAAUCCCAUGGAUGAGCACAUCAACAUUGCCAUCACAGCCUUCAACAGCUGUGAGGAGACCCAUGCUGCCAAGUUUGCCCAGGCUGUAGAGGAUGCUCUGUUGGACAUGAGAGCUUUACUGGAAGACACAGCCAAGGCCAAGCAGUGAUCCCACACUGGAGCCUGCCACAGUGCGCGUCCCACUGGUUGUACGGAAGGUGGCGUUGGGCUGGUGCUGGAGUCCUGGCAGAGAGCCACACAGACAUAGGAGCACAAGGCAUCGAACCCGUUGGAGCUGGGAGAAAGUCUGUUGGAGGGUCCUAGGAAGUACAUUAUUUGACUAACAAAGCACUGCCUCUAUAAUGCAAAGCAGGUGUUGCGGAAGGAGAUUCCCUGUUUUACAUAUUGUUGAAAGAUGUUGUCUUAUUUACAUAAAAGCAUUUCAAAAUAGAUUUGCUCCAUGACAAAUGUUUAUUUUUUUGUUUAUUCCUACUAGUUCAUUGUGCUGUUUUUCAGUGUCCAUUGAUGCUGCAUUGACAUUAUAAUAGAGUGUUUUGGUUUGCUUAAUAUUUUCUUCAAUAUUUGUUAUUUCAUGUUUCAUGUUUAAGUAUUUUAUUAUUUCAGGUUAAAGUAAUUAGUGCAUAGAAAUGAAUACGAAGUGAAAACAUAAAAGCAUUUACAAACUCUCUCUUUCUACUCAACAGAAUAGAAGCCAGAGGCUGCAGUGGCAUUCACUUGAAUAUAUUUGUUUUAACUUACAAAAAAGGUUUAUUUUAAGAAAUUUAUGCAAACUUCCUCAAAUUUGUAUCUCAUAUCAAAGCCGUACAAAGGAAUAUUCAGCUCUGAAGCUCCCUUUGGAGUGCAGGUAGUCUCCAUGAAACUCAACCUCGGCCAUGUUUCCAGAGGAGCGCCAGAGGAAAAGCUGCUGACCUUUAAACACAUUGGUCUUCAAGACGUCCAUGUCCCGUAUCUGAUAAAAAACAGAAUUUUUUUAGCAACUAUUUCAUGCACUUGCUUUGUUACCAUGCAAUUUUUUUUUUUUUUUAUAAAAAUCACGUAUUGAUCACACAUUGAAAUGCUAGAACAAUAGCACAUGCUCAAGAGUUUCUACACACCAUAAUGUAGGUAGACUGGGAGUUGGUGGCGUUGAAUGUUAGUCCUAUGUGGAGUGCCUGAAUUCUGAUUUUCACUGCGGGUGGGGCAUUGAUGAGGACUCGACAGGUGUGAUUACUAUUUGGUGUUGUUGGAUUCUCGAAGACACCGCUGGGAGCAAACAGCUGAAUGUCACAAUCUGUGGGACAAAGAUAUGAUAAGAUGUAGCUCAUCAUUUGCCAUUGUUUUCAGAAUUGUAAUUCAACUUUUGAAUGCUGCAGUAUGCACCAGGAUUGAUGUCAGUUCAUUUCAUAAUAUAAAGUGAACCUGCAAUGCAAAAGUCCAUUUAAGAGCAUUCAUUCUAUCAUUUGAGAUAAGAUACAUAUGAACCUUUUGGAUUUUGAAGAAAAUCCAUUUCCGCUUCCGCAGUGCAACUUAGUCUUACCUUGAUGGUGGCUCUUCUUGGUGUUCUUCUGAGAGCGGUAGGUGAGGACAACCCCGUUUCCUGGGGUGAGGAGCUUCUGACCGACUAACAGGACAUUGGUUCUGGUGGUUAGCUCGGUGCGCUCCACCUGCUCACACUUCCUUAGGAACACCAGCCGGUCAAAAAAUGCCACAUGCUCCUCUGUACAGACAUCAGUGCAGUUCAGCUCACUGGAGUUGAUAUCAAUUAUUGAAAAGUAACAAUUGUUGCAUAGGAUAUGACCGCCAGUAGCGACUGGAUAUAUUAUACUCACUCUUCUUGCAGUCCAAAUUACUAGAUUCCACUGUUACGUGAAUAACCUCAUCUAGGGGUCGACCUAUGGAUACUGUGCAGCGGCCAGUGAUGUGCCUCAAGUCCACUGUGCCUGAUUCUUCAAGGAGAAUCCGCCCACAUGCACCUAAAAAAAAAUCCACACUGUGAUAUGUGUUUCCCUGAAAUUGCCAUCCAUUCUUACUGAGGAUGGUUAAACAGUCUGAAUCUUUUAUUGCUAACUGACUGGUUUCAGGUGUUGGGGUGGGGAUGGUUGUGGUGGUCUGCGGGAUGGUCCCAGGCUCUGUUGGCAUGGGGGGAAGCUGAGCCAUGCGAUGCCGUGGUAUGUCUGUGUGGCUCAGAGUGGGAGACGGCAGAGGGCCCUCUUCAGUGAGAUUAGACUCCACCUGAGUGGCCAGUGAAGUGGUGAUGGUGGGGGCAAUAGCUGAGGUGGGCUCCACGUUGCUGCAGCUGCCCAUGUAGCAGCCCUGGAUAGUGAUAGGCUUGGGCAUGUGCAUGCAGAGCAGCGGGCUAAGGGGCUCAGGCUUAGAGGGCCCCAUACAGGACACAGCUCUGGACUGGAUUCCAUAUCCACAGGGGACUGAACACUAGAGAGCAACAAAACCAAGGGAUUUUUCCCUGAAGUUAUUGUUUAGUCAUAUUCCAGCAGACACUGUGCUAGUGCUUGGCUAAGUAUUAAAUGAGUCACAAGACUGGAUGAUAAAGCUAAUUAUAAUCCUGGUAUUAAUAAUACUAACACAAUUGUUAAUGGUGAUAAUAAUUAUGGUUUCAUCUGACCAUUUCUCUUGUCUCUGUAGCCUAUAUUCCUCUACUGUUAUUUUUUAACCUCUGCAUCCAUGAUGUAAUUUAAUAAACUUUCAUGUGUUGCAUUCA